CAACAAUAAACCUACCUUUUCCCGUAUUCGAAAACCCAUAAUCUCUCUUUUCUUUCAUUUCACGGAUUUCACCACUUUCCCUCUCUUCAACCUCUCUCUCUCUCUAGAAUCACUCGUCAUCCGCACCGUCACGCAUCCUCCGUUUCUCUCAGGUCUCCUCCACAUACGGCGGUGCUCGGUGACGGUUUGCUGUUUCUGACGACGGAGAGUAGGUUACUAUGGGACAACAGUCGUUGAUCUACAGUUUUGUGGCUCGAGGAACGGUGAUUCUAUCGGAAUACACUGAAUUCACCGGCAAUUUCACUACAAUCGCUGCUCAAUGUCUCCAGAAGCUUCCUGCUACGAAUAACAAGUUUACGUAUAACUGCGACGGUCAUACGUUCAACUACCUUGUCGAAGAAGGAUUCACAUACUGUGUUGUUGCGGUUGAAUCCAUUGGCAGACAGGUUCCAAUUGCUUUUCUUGAGCGCAUUAAAGAUGAUUUCACCAAGAAAUAUGGUGGUGGGAAAGCUGCAACAGCUACCGCCAACAGUCUGAACAAAGAAUUUGGCCCCAAGCUGAAGGAACAGAUGCAGUAUUGUGUGGACCAUCCAGAAGAAAUCAGUAAGCUUUCAAAGGUCAAAGCUCAGGUUUCAGAAGUCAAAGGGGUGAUGAUGGAAAACAUUGAAAAGGUUCUUGACCGUGGAGAGAAGAUUGAGGUUCUGGUAGAUAAAACAGAGAACUUACGCUCUCAGGCACAAGAUUUCAGGACGCAGGGUACUCAGAUGAGAAGGAAGAUGUGGUUGCAGAAUAUGAAGAUAAAGCUGAUAGUUCUUGGUAUCAUACUCGCAUUGAUUCUCAUUAUAGUUGUAUCGGCGUGUGGCGGCUUCAACUGUGGCAAGUGAAACCAAUCCAAAACUGUCCUUUGUUCCUUUUUUUUCAUAUAUGUUCUUUUAGGCUGGAUGGACUUGAAAAUUUAUAUUUGGUGUAUAGCUUGUACUUGUAUGAACUUUUUGAUAUAUACAUACUAGGAAAAUCAGUUUUUGGACAAUCAAA